AUGCGGGUGUCAACAUAUCCCAUGGUGCACUCUGCCGCACCGGGCCUGGUCCUCCUCAGCUUCCUCUUCCUUGCUGAAGCUGACUUUCCCCCCAGAUUCACUCGAACCCCUGAAGACCAGACAGGCGUCCAGGGCGGAGUGGCGUCCUUCGUUUGCCAGGCCGUCGGAGAUCCCCAGCCCAAGAUUGUCUGGAACAAGAAAGGCAAGAAAGUCAGCAACCAAAGAUUCGAGGUGAUAGACUUUGAUGACGGAUCCGGCUCGGUCCUGAGGAUACAGCCUCUACGGACUCCCAGAGACGAGGCUAUUUAUGAGUGUCAUGCUUCCAACUCCGCGGGAGAGAUCACUGCCUCGACCAGGCUCAACGUGCUACGAGAGGACCAGUUGCCCUCGGGGUUCCCCACCAUAGACAUGGGCCCCCAGCUAAAGGUGGUGGAGCGCUCCCGGACCGCCACCAUGCUCUGCGCGGCCAGUGGCAACCCCGACCCAGAAAUCACCUGGUUCAAGGAUUUCCUCCCUGUCAACACGUCGAGUAACAAUGGACGAAUCAAACAGCUUCGCUCAGAGUCCUUUGGUGGCACACCCAUACGAGGUGCCCUCCAGAUAGAACUGAGUGAGGAGUCAGACCAGGGGAAGUACGAGUGUGUCGCCACCAACAGCGAUGGGACACGCUACUCCACCCCGGCCAACCUAUACGUCAGAGAGCUGCGAGAAGUUCGCCGUGUCCCCCCGCGGUUCUCCAUUCCCCCAGCUGACAGUGAGAUCAUGCCGGGGGGAAAUGUCAACAUCACCUGCGUGGCGGUGGGCUCCCCCAUGCCCUAUGUGAAGUGGAUGCUGGGGGCGGAGGACCUGACGCCCGAGGACGACAUGCCCAUCGGCCGCAACGUUCUGGAGCUGACGGACGUGCGCCAGUCCAACAAUUACACAUGCGUCGCCAUGUCCACGCUGGGGGUGAUCGAAGCGGUGGCGCAGAUCAUCGUCAAAGCUCUGCCUAAGGCUCCAGGCACCCCGGUGGUGACAGAGAGAACUGCGACCAGCAUCACCCUUACCUGGGACUCUGGCAACCCUGAGCCUGUGUCCUACUACAUCAUACAGCACCGCUCGAAAGGCUCGGAGGACCCCUAUAAGGAGAUCGACGGCAUCGCCACGACACGCUACAGUGUGGGUGGCCUUAGCCCUUACUCCCAUUAUGACUUUCGGGUGGCGGCUGUCAAUACCAUUGGCCAGGGCCCAUCUAGCGAGGUCGUGGAGGCACGCACGGCGGAGCAGGCCCCUUCUUCUCCGCCUCGACAGGUCAGAGGUCGUAUGCUGAGCACUACCACGGCUAUCAUCCACUGGGAUGAGCCAGAAGAAGCUAAUGGACAAGUGGUGGGCUACAGAGUCUACUACACCUCUGACAACUCACUGUCAGUUAAUCAGUGGGAGAAGCAGAUGGUUCGCAGUGCCAACUUCAUCACCAUCCAGGGUCUAACUCCUAACAAGACCUACUAUAUCAGAGUGCUGGCCUUCACAUCUGUCGGGGACGGACCCUUGUCCCAGGACCUGCAGAUAAUAGCUAAGACGGGAGUCCCAUCCCAGCCAUCAGAUUUUAAGGGUGAGGCCAAGUCGGAGACCAGCAUCCUGCUCUCCUGGGUGGCUCCACCUCAGAGUGGCCCCGACAACCAGAUCACUGGAUAUGAGCUGGUCUACCGAAGAGCGGACGACACGGAGGAGAAGAAAGUGAGCUUUGAGCCCACCAACUCCUACCUGCUGAAGAACCUGAAGCCCUUCUCCACCUACACCUUCCAGCUGGCUGCCAGGAGCAAACAUGGGAUCGGAGCUUACACCAACGAGGUGUCGAUUGACACCCCUCAGACACUGCCUUCAGCGCCUCCUCAGGAGGUCACAUGCACCAGCCCAAGUUCCACCAGCAUCCUGGUAAGUUGGGCUCCGCCCCCCGUGGAGUUUCAGAACGGCGUCAUUACGGGGUAUUCCAUCCAGUAUUCUACGACAGGGGGCAACAAAACGUCAAAGCGAGUUGACGAUAUUCCACCGGACAGUUCUCCGUAUCUCCUGGAGAACCUGGAGAAAUGGACCGAGUACGGCAUAACGGUACGGGCACAGACGGAAGCUGGCGAGGGACCAGAAAGUUUACAGCUGCUUAUCCGCACUGAGGAAGAUGUUCCCAGCGGUCCUCCUAGAGCGGUGGAGGCAGAAACGGUGAAUGCCUCAGCCAUCAGAGUGAAAUGGCGGGCACCGGCGCCCGAGCGUCAGCACGGUCAGAUCCGAGGCUACCAAGUCCACUAUGUGAGGAUGAACUAUGGCGAGCCUCAAGGGCAACCCCUCAUCAAGGACAUCCUCAUAGAGGACGCUCAGUGGGAUUAUGAUGACUCAACUCAAUAUGAGGUGGUUCUCGGGGACUUGAAGGCAGACACCUCCUAUUCUGUGUCGGUGGGGGCUUACACUGCCAAAGGGGACGGGUCACGAAGUAAACCCCAAUCAGUCUGCACAGCUCUGCCCCUGCCCGAGAGGCCAAAGCUGACGGUGAGUGCCACUGACUCUGGCACCGCUCAGCUGCAGUGGUACCCGCCUCCUAACCCACCCACCCCUCUCACUGGCUACCGCCUCACAUUCGGCCGUGUCGACGUCCUCCCCUUCACGGUGGUGGAAUUCCUCGACAAGGAGAAGCGCUACACCGCCCAGGACAUUCACAAAGGAGCUAACUACGUCUUCCGGCUGUCCGCCCGCAACAAAAUGGGCUAUGGAGAGGAGACAGUUAAGGAAAUGACUACUCCAGAAGAUGUUCCCAACGGAUAUCCUGAGAGCAUCAUCUCCGAAGAGGCUUCCGCCUCCUACAUGCGGGUUGCUUGGAAAUCAGUGCCCCUAAUUGAGCAAAACGGGAAAAUUGUCAAGUACUCUGUGCUGUACAAAGAUAUAAACAGUAGAGGGAACGCCUCGGAGGCUACGGUGGCAGCUCCGGGGUCGAGUGUGUUAUUGGAGGGUCUGAGUGCCGACACAGUCUAUGAUGUCAGGGUGUGUGCAUUCACAGCUGUCGGUCCUGGGCCAUACAGCCCCAGUGUCCAGUUAAGGACACAGCCACUGGACCGAGUGUUUGCCACCAACUUCCGGGUAAAGGCUGCCAUGAAGAACUCUGUUCUCCUCACCUGGGAAAUCCGAGACAAGAACCCCACCCAGCCCUUCACCAUUCUGUACGGUAAAGGCCAGUCUGUAGAGGUAGAUGGGAAGCAGACGCAGAAGCUGAUCAGUGGCCUGGAACCAGACACCCAAUACUCCUUCCUGCUCACCAACCGGGCCAACAGCGCUGGCGGGCUGCAGCACCGGGUCACUGCCACCACCGCCCCUGACAUCCUGAAAACCAAACCCACCCUGGUGGGGAAGACCAAUGCCGAUGGCAUGGUGACUGUGCAGCUACCGUCUGCACAAACCACAGCUAAAGUCAGGGGUUAUUAUGUGGUGGUUGUGCCGCUGAAGAAGCAGCGAGGAGGGAAGUUCCUGAAUCCCUGGGAGGAUCCCGACCAGAUGAACAUGGACGAUCUCUUGAAAGAGAUCAACAGGACCAGUGUCAGUCGUGCCCUUCGCAUCCGCAGACAAGCCGGCCAAUCAGACCUCCGGGCCUACGUCACUGCUCAUUUUAAGACCCUCCCCCUGGAGUUCACGCUGGGUGAUGGUCGUAACUAUGGCGACUUCCGCAACCGGCCCCUCCAAAAUGGCCAGGAGUACGUUUUCUUUGUGCUGGCGCUGCUCGACCUGUCGGAGAAUACAAUGUUUGCCACCAGCCCCUACUCUGACCCCGUCACUUCCUCAGACGUGGACCCUCAGCCAAUCGUGGACGAGGAGGAAGGGCUGCUGUGGGUGGUGGGGCCUGUUCUGGCCGUCAUCUUCAUUGUGUGCAUUGUCAUAGCCAUACUCCUCUUCAAAAGCAAACCUGACAGGAAACGGGCAGAGGCGGAGGGCAGGAAGGGCAGUUUCCCCUGUAGCAAAGCCAUGUCCUCCCACCACCCCACCGACCCUGUGGAGCUACGCAGGAUCAACUUCCAGACCCCAGCCUACCGUGUAUCAGUCUACCGUGGUUAUCGGCGUUUGCCAAGCAUGGCAAGCCACCCGCCCGUGCCCAUCUCGGAGCUGGCGGAUCACAUUGAGCGCCUGAAGGCAAACGACAACCUCAAGUUCUCCCAAGAGUAUGAGUCCAUUGACCCCGGCCAGCAGUUUACUUGGGAGAACUCCAACCUGGAGGUCAACAAGCCAAAGAACCGUUAUGCAAAUGUCAUCGCCUAUGACCACUCCAGGGUCAUACUCUCCAGCAUUGAGGGUGUCCCUGGGAGCGACUACAUCAACGCAAACUACAUUGAUGGCUAUCGCCGUCAGAACGCUUACAUCGCCACGCAGGGCCCCCUGCCUGAGACCUUCUGCGAUUUCUGGAGGCUGAUCUGGGAGCAGCACACAGCCAACAUCGUCAUGAUGACCAAACUGGAGGAGAAGUCAAGGAUGCCCUCUUAUUUCUUCUCGAAGGUGAAGUGUGACCAGUACUGGCCAUCUAGGGGCACAGAGACCUUUGGCCUGAUCCAAGUCACUCUGCUGGACACAGUAGAGCUGGCCACCUACUCCGUCAGGACCUUUGCCCUCUAUAAGAGUGGCUCCAAUGAAAAAAGAGAGGUUCGUCAGUUCCAGUUCACAGCUUGGCCGGACCACGGGGUACCUGAACACCCCACCCCCUUCCUGGCAUUUCUACGCAGGGUUAAGGCCUGUAACCCACCGGAUGCAGGUCCCAUGAUCAUCCACUGCAGCGCCGGAGUGGGCCGCACAGGCUGCUUCAUCGUGAUUGACGCGAUGACGGAGCGGAUCAAGCACGAGAAGACCAUUGACAUUUACGGUCACGUGACCCUGAUGCGCUCCCAGAGGAACUACAUGGUCCAGACAGAGGACCAGUACAUCUUCAUCCAUGACGCCCUGCUGGAGGCCGUGGCCUGCGGAAACACUGAGGUUCCUGCCCGCAACCUUUACUCCUACAUCCAGAGGCUGACGCAGAUCGAACCGGGUGAAAAUGUCACCGGCAUGGAGCUGGAGUUUAAGCGUCUGGCCAGUGCCAAGGCCCACACUUCACGCUUUGUGAGUGCCAACCUGCCGUGUAACAAAUUCAAGAACCGGCUGGUGAACAUCAUGCCCUACGAGACCACACGAGUCUGUCUCCAGCCAAUCAGAGGUGUGGAGGGAUCCGACUACAUUAACGCCAGCUUCAUCGAUGGAUACAGGCAGCAGAAGGCCUAUAUUGCCACACAAGGCCCACUAGCAGAGACCACUGAGGACUACUGGAGGAUGCUGUGGGAACACAAUUCUACCAUCGUGGUCAUGUUAACCAAACUGAGAGAGAUGGGACGGGAGAAGUGCCACCAGUACUGGCCUGCAGAACGCUCAGCCAGAUACCAGUACUUUGUGGUUGACCCCAUGGCUGAAUACAACAUGCCCCAGUACAUCCUCAGAGAGUUCAAAGUCACUGAUGCCAGGGAUGGCCAAUCACGGACAGUUCGUCAGUUCCAGUUCACUGAUUGGCCAGAGCAAGGAGUGCCAAAGUCAGGGGAGGGAUUUAUUGAUUUCAUUGGCCAGGUGCAUAAAACUAAAGAACAGUUUGGUCAAGAUGGACCAAUUACUGUACACUGCAGUGCUGGAGUUGGGAGGACCGGGGUGUUCAUCACCCUCAGCAUCGUGCUGGAGAGGAUGAGGUAUGAGGGAGUGGUGGACAUCUUCCAGACCGUGAAGAUGCUGCGCACUCAGAGACCCGCCACCGUCCAGACAGAAGACCAGUACCAGUUCUGCUACCGAGCCAGUCUUGAAUACCUGGGGAGUUUUGACCACUAUGCAACAUAAACCCGGCAUCCGUCUCUUACACUGCAUCCUACCUAGUGCACUUCUCUUAGGUCCCACGUGGUCUAAAUUAGUGCCCUAGGAAGCAAGUGUGACUUUGGAGAGAUGUUGCCACCAUACCCAGUGUGACUGGGGACCACCGGCUUAUCCCAUACCCCCAGGAAGAGCACCUCUACCUGAGCCAUAGCAUCCCGUUUUAUAAGAGUGCUAUUGUCCAUCCUUCAACCCAAACUCACCCAAUCGGUCGGUCAGAGGAGCAAACUUCGACCACUGGCCCAGUCAAGAGACUCGAUUUCAUUUGUUUCAGUGCUUUUGUGAGCACCUGGAUUGCUUUACGUUGUUUUGGUGUGGAACUCACCUUAUCCAUAACCGGUUGUAGCAUCACUAACCUAAAUCGAGGACUUGGCUACAGUAUUUAACUAUCACGGGAGAUUUACAUUUUUCUAUUUUGAGAUUGUCUGGUAACGUCCACGGACCCUGUUUUUGGAAGCUUCGUGGACUGAUGAAACUUCGUGAGAUACCAAGAGACCUUUUGAGGACCAAGAAUUGCUUAAAAUGAGACUGAAACAAAAAAAAACAAAAAAGCAAACAAAAAAACAAAAAAAAACAGCACACAAUGUUAAAGACGAAAGAAACACGCUCGGCGAGAGACACCAAGAAGUGUUUUUUUUGUUUUGGAAACAGACUCUCGUUUCCUGUGAAUAAAAAUAAAUCGAGAUAUUUCUACAAUACAUAAAACCGCCAAUUCAACCUUAUGCUUCACAAUUAAAGACAA